AUGACUGAAAUUGUGGUUAUUUUAUACUGGAAUGGAAGAGUGUACGAAGGAAAUGAGGUUGAUUCAAGGAGUGAAAAUUACACAAUUUUAGAUGUAUGUGAUGAUGAAGACAUUGACUGUAUGAUAAGUGCUUGUGAAGAACGGCAUGAAAGAGUAGUUGAGUUAUAUGUGGAUAUUGCGGUUGGUGAAACUUCUCAUGUAGGUGAAAAUGACGAAGAUGAGUACGAUGAUGACUAUGAAGAUGAAGGAGAAAUUCCUUUAGAUAGUUCUUCUGAUACUGAUUUGGAAGAUGACUUCGAUUCAAUGAUGACAAUUCCAAACACUGAAAGAAAUAACAUUAUGCAAGGACAAUCUGCAGGUAUGGUCAAAGAAGAACCUUCUGUUCCCGUUUCAUUAAUCCAAGAGGGAAUAAGUGGCCAAUUUGGGUAUUCAGUUUCAUACAAAAAAGCAUGGAAAGCAAAGCAAAAAGCAAUUGUGACAAUAUUUGGUGAUUGGGAUGAAUCUUAUGCAACAUUACCAAGAUGGUUAGAAUACAUGCAAUUACAUGCUCCAGGGUCAGUUUACAAAAUUGAGACCAAUGAUUAUGUGAGAGGUAAUGUAAUGGAUAAUAGAUUCAGAGUCUUUCAUCGAGUAUUUUGGUCGUUUAGGCAAUGUCGUGAAGCCUUCAAGUUUUGCAAGCCUAUAAUACAGGUAGACGGUACCUUUUUGUAUGGUAAGUAUAAGCAAACAUUGCUUAUUGGUACAACUCAAGAUGGCAAUAACAGUGUGCUUCCUAUAACAUUUGCCAUUGUUGAAGGAGAAACAUUAUCAGCAUGGGAAUGGUUCUUAGCCAUGAUCCGUCUAAAUGUUACUGAUAAAACUGGAAUUUGUUUAAUAUCUGAUCGCCAUCAAAGUAUUAAAAGUGCUGUGUCUAAUCCACAUAUUGGGUGGCAACCUCCUAAUGCUUACCAUGUUUAUUACAUUCGUCACAUUGCAAGCAAUUUCAAUAGAAGAUUCAAAAAUUCCGCAAUGAAGAGUAUGCUUAUGAAAUUAGCGUAUACACCUUGCAAGCAAAGAUUUGAAGCUGGUCUUAAUAAAUUUCGUUCGUAUUCUCCUGAAGUUCAAACAUGGAUUGACAACAUAUCAAAGGAAAAGUGGAGCUUGGCUUAUGAUCAUGAAGGGCGGCGUUAUGAUCACAUGACGACUAAUUUGUCUGAGUCAGUGAAUAAAGUUUUAAAAGGGGCAAGAAAUCUCCCAAUUACUGCCCUUGUGAAAGCAACCUAUAGUAGAUUGGUCGAAUAUUUUGUCAAACGGGGUGAAAGCGCAAUCAAUGACAUGAACAAUGGUAAAAGGUAUUGUCGUAAAUUAAUUGAAGCUAUAGAAAAAAAUCAAGAAGAAGCAUCUUCGCAUCAGGCAUACCGAUACCCUUGUUCACAUGUCAUAGCCGCUUGUGUUACUGUAAGUAUAGACUUUUGGCAGUAUGUUGAUCCUGUAUAUACUCUGCAGUAUGUUGUGAACGCAUACUCAUCUCAGUGGUGGCCGCUUGGAAAUGAAGCAAACAUUUUACAAAAUGAUGAAUGGAAGUUGUUGCCUGAUCAAGAUAGAGCACGAGGUAAAGGAAGACUAAAGGCUUGUAGAAUUAGAAAUGAAAUGGAUUGGGUUGAGUCACAACCGCGACAACGAUGUAGGUUAUGUCGACAACCAGGUCAUAAUCAACGUCAUUGUACUCAACAAAGCAAUGCUAACAUUAAUCAUGACUAG